UCGGCUUACGACAAAUAUUUUUUAGGUGGAGAUGAUGAAGAAAUAACUCCUGGACCAAGGCCAAGAUGGAUCCCAAAACCUGAGCAAAUCCACAUUCUUGAAGCCAUCUAUAACUCAGGGACGACGAAUCCACGUAGAGAUGAGAUUAAGAAGAUACGUGAACAAUUAGAAGAAUUUGGCCAAGUUGGUGAUUCCAGUGUCUUUUACUGGUUUCAAAACCGCAAGUACAGAAGCAAAACCAACAAAGUACCCUAUAACGAGAAACCGGGAACACAACAAAAAGCAGCUUCAAAUAGCUCUCUCCCACAAAUCAACACACCACCACCCAACUCAUCUUCAUCAUCUUCCUCUAACAAUAUUAUUGGAAUCUCCAAUAUUAAUGAUGGGAUGGUGAUGGUGCCUAAUUCACCCGCAAUAUCUCUGAACCAAAAUCAAGAUGAUACUUAUCCUCACACCCUCACUGGAACCGGUCUACAACUACCUACACCCCCAUUUUCCUCUUUCCCGGUUGAGAAUCAUAUUAAUAAAAGGGUAGUGCUUAAUGACAUGAUAACGCCAGAGGGGUUUAAUUACUUCUCUGGUUUUCCAAAUAUGAGUCAAUCUUUACCUCAAGAAAAUGUUGAUCUGCCUCUACUUAAUUAUGAUAACAUCAUGAACUAUGGAAACAAAAAUGGAAUCUGCUCAAUCAAUGACCUUUUUGAUCAAGAGAAUAUUCAAGAGGAGUCGAUUCAUAUGAUGCAUAUGCAUCAACAAGACCCACAACUUAAUUUUGGUGUCACGACAGCUUCAAGUAAUGAUGAUCAUUCAACUGAUCUUGCUCCUCUCCCUCCGGCCAUUGACAUGAGUGCACCUGCUGAUAUUCCAUUCCUCUUUACUGGUGAUCAAUUUCAAGGUUUUAGUGAGGACAAUGUUACUGCAAAAUGUAGGGUGAUUACUAUCGACGGUGCAUUCGAAGUUAAUGUGGGGCCCUUUAACGUUCGUAAAUUCUUUGGCGAUGGAGCAGUUCUGCUUGACUCCUCCGGUGUCCCGGUUCUAACCGAUGAGUGGGGUGUCACACUCAACUCACUCCACCAUGGGGUUGAUUAUUUCCUGCUGUAUUAAGGAGCUGAAGCUGGAACGGCUAGGGAUGCGAGAUU